UUGAAAUUAUAAAAGAAUAUAUUGAUUCAAAAAGAAUAAAUGUUCAAUUAAGAGAGAUUAAAAUUCCAAAUAAACAAAAACAUUUUGAAAUUGGUUGGGAUCAAGAUAAUUUAUUAAAAGAUCUUUUAUCAUUAUCAUUAAAAUUAUAUGAACCUCAUAAAAAAGAUUUUGAAAGGAUACAUAUUGGAACAAAAAAUAAAUGGUUUCUUGAUAAUAUGAAAUUUGAAGGAAUAAAUACAGAAUUAGAAAUUAUAACAGAAAUUGUUUUAAAUCAAGAAAAAAAUUUACCAGGAUUUGAAUAUUUUUAUGAAUUUAAUAAUGAAGGAGGAAAUCAUCAUUCUGGUAAUUUACUCUUUGUAUCUGAAGUUGGUAUUUUAGCUAUAAUUGGGGUUAAUAAUAAAUUUAAUUAUAUAGAAAAUAAAAAAUUUAUUAAAAAUCAAAUUAGAGAAUAUAAAACAUUUGCUAAUAAUAGAUUUGGUAAUAAGUUUGUUACAAUAAUUGGGUUAUACGCAUCUUAUAAUAGAAAUGGUAAAAUUACAUUAAAUCCUGUUGAUUCUUUUGAUAAAAUGAUUAUGAAAAAAGUCAAAGAAUUUACGAAGGAAAAACAAGAAAUGUUACAAGAAAAAACUUCAAAUAAGGAUUCGGAUUCAAGUUAUUCUGAUUCUGAUUCAAAAGAAGAAGAAUCUGAUUCUGAUGAUGAUGUCGUUAUAGAUGAUAAUUCAUCACAAAAUAGCUUUUUUGAUUUUUUGAAAUCUGUUAUUAAAUUCAUAAUUUUCAUUUUACUCUUAGAUUUUAUCUUUAAAAAUUAUUUCAAAAAGGAGGGUAUAGAAUAAUGUUUUAUAUUUGAUGAAAAAAAUUUUAAUAAUAAAUGCAUAUACCUUACUUAAAUAUGUCAUAGUGUUGAUCUACAUGGUCAUCAAUAAUGUUGCGAACGAAAAUAGUUUGUGAUUGGCGAUUCUAAACUCAUCCGUAUGGAUCUCAAUUAUCGAAAUAUUUUAAUCUUAAACUCUAAAG